GGAAUCGCAAGGGUGCCUAAGAUCACUGUGGGCGCCGCCGGAUCCAACCCUCCGCCAUCUUGCCGUUAUAGCUUCACCAUCGGCAUCGCGACGACAAUGAAGCAUUCACCCGCCGCUCCGCCUCCGCAGCCGCCAUGAGAUCCUACGCCUCUUCCAUCGCCUUCUUCUUCUCUGCCCUCGUCCUCUUCCUCGUCUCCUUCCCGGGUCUCGUUCCCCUCGCCGUAACCGAGCCCAGCAUAGACGAUCCCAGUCGCGUCACGCAGAUCUCUUGGCGUCCCAGGAUCUUCCUUUAUGAAGGGUUCCUUUCCGAUGAGGAAUGUGACCAUAUCAUUAAACUGGCGAGGAGCAAGAUGAAGAGAUCAAUGGUGGCCGACAAUAAAUCUGGGGAUAGUCGCAAGAGCAACGUGCGUACAAGCUUUGGAACGUUUCUUACAAAACAUCAGGAUGAGGUAAUUGCAAGAAUUGAUCAAAGGAUUGCCAAAUGGACCUUCCUUCCAGAGGAAAAUGCUGAGGCCCUUCAAGUAUUACGCUACCAAGAAGGUCAAAAGUACGUACCACAUCAUGACUACUUUUUCGAUCCAAAGAACAAAAUACGCGGAGGCGAUAGGUAUGCAACAGUUCUUAUGUAUCUUUCAGAUGUCGAAAAAGGAGGGGAGACUGUCUUUCCAAUAGCAGAGGGUGCCUCGUCUCAGUUUAAAGAUGACAGUUGGUCUGAUUGUGCAAAAAAUGGCCUUGCAGUGAAACCUAAAAAGGGUGAUGCAGUGCUCUUCUUUAGCCUUCACAUCAAUGGCACAACAGAUCCAGCCAGUCUCCAUGGUAGCUGCCCUGUCAUUGAAGGUGAAAAAUGGUCGGCGCCAAAAUGGAUUCAUGUCAGGUCCUAUGACAAUCCGCAGAAACCAAGCUCGACCGAGGAGUGCUCUGACUACAAUGAGAAUUGUUCAUAUUGGGCAUCCACGGGGGAGUGCCAAAAGAAUCCCAAUUACAUGAUUGGGAACGAUGCCGUACUCGGAAACUGUCGAAAGAGUUGCAUGGUGUGCGGCAAGUCCAAGUCGAUGCGGCUUAUUUCUUGAGUGUCUGGUGCUUCUGAUCAGUCCAAGAGUGAAAGGUCUUUGACUUUGCACAAAGAAAAUAUAGCAACAAAAACUCUUUUAAAAUUUCAUUUUAACCCAUUAUGCGUUAUCUACUUUUUAAUUUAUCUUUAUAUAGUUCAAAAUAUUAUUUUUUAUCCCUAGACUUCAUGUAAAAUUUUUAUUUUUAUUUGUGUUGCAUAAUUAUUAAAAUUUAAACAAUU